AUGCGUCCUGGUGCCGGUGGGGAACGGCACGAGCCAAGAGGUCAGGGCCUCGUAGUUAACGCUGCAGCUAGACGACUUUCGAACGCGGCUGCAGCCAGCGGACUUGUCGGUAACCCCGGCUCCGCUGAUGUUAACCAAUCGACACCCGGCGAUUUUUGCCGCGUGGUAUUCGACGGAAGUCGCCGUCCUGACGCCACCGGUGUGAAAUGCCGACGUAUCCGCUGUUCGCCUUCCUGGUUCCGAUGA